CGGAACCGAUCACACGUGAGUGUGAGAGAGUGUGAGUGGAAAAUGAACUGGAGUCGUCCGGCUGGAACUGAGUGGCCUCGUGUUUGGAUACGGUUUAGGGCGCGCGAUUCGCUCGGGGACCAGUUGGUGGACUACCGAGUUCAGGAUCUACCGGAGGAUCGGGUUCGAGAUGCUAUCGAACACAUGAAGAAGCACUUUUUGCGCGAUGAACCGAUGUGCAGCAGUGUUGGGUUGUACAAGGACGCCGAUGCCCUGGAGGAGUUUGAUCAGAUGUGGCAGGAUAUCGCCCGGCAGCGGAUGGCCAUUGUGUGCUUUCGCGAGGGAUCGGACGAAAUUGUCGGGCUGAACAUGCUGACCGUGGCGGCCAAAGCAGAUGCGAAGCAGUGCAUGUUCAAAUCCACCGGCCUUCAAAUGGUAUACGACUCGUACGUGGGCUUGCUGAAACAAAUUGACCUGUUCGAGAAGUACGGCGUAGACGAAUACCUAUCGGCGUGGGGCCUCUCCGUUGCUCCGAAGUACCGAGGCCGGGGUAUAGCGACGGAGCUUCUACGGGCUCGCAUUCCCAUGUGUCGUGCGAUGGGCCUCCGGUUAACGGUGACGCUGUUCUCGUCUCCAGGAUCGCAGAUUCCGGCUGCCAAGGUGGGAUUCUACGACGAGAUUGUGGUGACGUACAAGCAGCUGGCGGAGCAAGGUUAUCUCUUUCCGGGGGUGACACACGAGCUGUGCAAGCUGAUGACGAUGGUCGUGGAGUAGCAGCAGAGUUAUGGAUUAAUGUCGCCUUAAACAAACCCCACACGCAUCAAUAUAUUGACGCGAAGGGGAAUUAUUGACAAUAAUAUUGAUGAUGUGAAUUCAGAAAUAUUGUCAAUCUCGAUAUAUUGACGUCAAUAUAGAAUGUAUUGACAAUACGAUUAUUGUCAAUAAAAGCAAUCGUGUAGGGUCCAC